AGGGAAAAUGUAUUUUCUUGUUCUCGAUGAUGUUUGGAAUGAAGAUCGUGAAAAAUGGGAAAAAUUGAAGACUGGUUUGUCAGCACUUGAUUCUGCUCGGGGCAGAAUUAUUGUCACUACCUCUAGUGCCCAAGUUGCAUCUAUUACAGGAACACUUAAGAGGUGUGAUUUGAGAUGUCUAUCAGAAGAUGAAUGUUGGUCCAUAUUGAAGCAUAAAGCAGGUAUUGAUGAUAGUGCUCCAAUGUCUCCAGAUCUUGAGAAGAUUGGAAGGGAGAUUGUGAAAAGGUGUGGGGGUGUACCACUAGUUGCACAGGUUUUCGGGAGCAGGAUGCAUAAUAAAACUAAAGAGGAAUGGUUGUCAAUUCAAAAAACAAGAACUUGGGAUUUACCAGGAGGGGAAAGAAUCUUGUCGGAUUUGAAGUUGAGUUUUGAUAAUUUGAAAUCACCUUUUCUGAAACAAUGUUUUGCUUAUUGCUCAAUGUUCAAAAAAGAUUUUGAAAUUGAAAAAGAUAACCUGAUCCAACUGUGGAUGGCUCAAGGACUGCCGUUUCACCAUUCUCCCAACAGAAGUGAUCAAGAGAUAGAGGACAUAGGCAAUGAAUAUUUUAAUACUUUGUGGGAAAAUUGCUUAUUCCAUGAUGCUACGAAGGAUGAUUGUGGUACCAUUACCAAAUGCAAGAUGCACGAUGUUGUGCAUGAUUUUGCAGAGCUUGUAGCCAUAUCUGAAAGCUUGACAUGGGAUUCUAAUAUUGAUGAGAUGGAUGGGAAACGAACAAUUAGACAUGUUGCAGGAGUUACUACUUCAGUAUUUGAAAAAACUCCAGAGAAAUUGCGCUCGCUGUUUUCGAAUGAUGCUGUCCCUAGUGAGAUGUUACCAAAGUUUACAGCUUUACGUGUCUUGAAUUUAUAUCAGGCUGAUAUUGAGGAGUUGCCAAGUUCAAUAGGCAAGCUGAAGCAGUUGAGGUAUUUAAACGUUUCUAGAACAGAAAUCAAAGCACUUCCCACAACUAUCGGCAUGCUCCAUAACCUACAGACGUUAAGAAUGCAGAAGUGUAAAAAGCUUAAAGUGUUUCCAAAGGAAGUACAAGAUUUGGUCAACUUAAGGCACAUUUAUUUUGAUCCUGUCCAAGAAAAGAGACAUAUUAAUUUUGGUUGGUACAGGGAACUUCCAGUAGGGAUUGGGAAAUUGACUAACCUCCGGACAAUACCUUGCUUUAUUGUGGGUCUAGGUCAUGGAAUUGAGGAGUUGGCUCUCUUAAACAAAUUGAAAGGGAUACUGACUAUUUAUGAUAUGGAACAUGUGAGUGCUAGAGGAGAAGCGAAGAAAGCAAAUUUAGUGGAGAAGAGAAACAUAUUCAAGUUAACACUUGUAUGGAGCGAGGAAAGGAAGCGGAUCAACAACAACGAUGAUGAUAUACUACAAGGCCUCGAACUACCCUCUAAUUUGGAAACUUUAGAGAUUCACAAUUUCAUGGGUGCUAAAUUUUCCUCAUGGAUGCCACAGGUGCCACUCCAGAGCUUGAAAAAGAUUCGGUUACUUCGGUGCAACGCAUGUGAAGAAGUCCCAAUAUUUGGUCAUCUGCCUAAUCUUACACAUGUUGAGAUUGAUACGAUGAGUAAUCUAAAAACUGUGGGAAAGUUUUAUGGCUAUGUUGGCGAUGCAGGAGUUUCCACAAGUGAGGAGACGAAGACUUUGUUUCCAGCAUUGAAAACAUUAAGAAUUUGUACAACCCCCAAUCUGAUCAAAUGGAUGGAACCAUCGGAAAUGCCAAAUGGAAAAAUAGUGGUGUUUCCUUUCCUUGAGGAGUUGACUCUCUCAGAGUGUCCUCAAUUGAAAGAUGUUCCAAAUCAUUUUCCAACCCUCUGUCAAUUGGAGAUUAGUAUUUGUCAUGAAUUGUCAAGUCUACAGAGUGUGCUAGACAAGUGUACCUCUCUUCAGGAUUUGGAAAUAAGCAGUUGUGAUGGUCUAAUAUCCAUGUCAAUACAGAGUCUGAGAUCCCUCCGGAAAUUGGUGAUUAGUUUCUGUGGUGGAUUGACAUCAGUGGGUCCACAGAGAGGACUGGAGUUUUAUUCCCCAGUCUCUCUUGAGGAGUUGUCUAUAAAGUGGUGCAGACGUCUGGAAAUGUGA